CCAGCUAGCAGCCGCUGCUGAAUCGUUUGAAUGACCAUUCAGUGAUGCCUCAUGGCGCUCACCAUCCUCAUUGACACAUUGCGAGUCUGACCCACGCAAGCUUCCCUCUUAGCUCUUCUUCUAGACCAUCGCUUUAAGCGCCCGCGGCCACUACACAACGGCAUACACGCAACCUUACCAGCCGAGAGUGUUCUUUCAAUCGGCAACCCCCCAUUCAUCGCAGACGUGGUGACGCCUGUGGCGGGUCGCACGAAAAUGGUACUCUCGACGCAGAUUGCGCGCGUCUCGGAUGGGCUUCCACUCGCUCAGUCAGUGGACGAUAGUGCAGUCGACAGUGCGCUCUCCGAGUACAAGCAACAGGCAAAGUUGCUCUUCAGGCGCAUCUCACCUCAAGCAGAGCCAAGAUGCACAAUCGAGAGCGGUCCAAAGUACACUCUCCACUACCAGAUCUCGCCCGUCCCUGCCGGUAGACCCGAUGCGGUCGUGUUUCUCGUCAUCACUGACAGGAGCUACCCAAGAAAGCUGGCAUUUUCCUAUCUCGAUGAGCUCGCCAAGGAAUUCGAAAGGUCGUACGGAGCGCAGGUUGGCCAGAGGAAUUUGAGACCUUUCGCGUUUGUGGGUUUUGAUACGUUUAUGCAGAGAACAAAGCGAUUGUAUGCGGACACUAGGACGGCCCAAUCGGCGGUAGAGGAGAAGAGCGGGAGCAAUCUGACCAGAUUGAACGAAGAUCUGCAGGAUGUUGCUUCCGUUAUGACCAAGAACAUGGAGGAUUUGCUAUGGAGAGGCGAGACGCUAGAUCAGAUGUCAACUAUGUCUUCAUCAUUGCGGGAUGAAUCCCUCAAGUAUCGCAAAGCAGCCAAGCAGAUCCGUAUCGACGCCCUCAUCCGUCAAUAUGCUCCAAUCGGAGCAGUCGCGUUCUUGAUACUGUUCGUGCUGUGGAUCAAAUUCUUUUGAUUGUGCAAUCAGCACAUUCAAUUCUCGAAUCGAAUGCGUUUAAGUGUGCAAA